CUGCAAGAUUUAAUCGAAGUUGAAAGUAUUCCAAAACCUACUGGAUUAAAAUAUAUUAAUUUAGCUGAAGUCUUAGGAUUAGACCAUAGCAUUGUAUUAGAAUAUCAGAGUGAUAUUCGUGAUUUGGUUAAACGAAAAUUAGAUAUACAAAAAACUUGGAAAGAUCAAGAUAUUAAUGCAAUUGCUCAU